CGGACUACGGCUCGUGCAGCUAGCCACCACACCGGCGGUCACGACUCUGCAACGAGACCCGGCCGGGACACAUUUCAUUCGGCGAGGAGGAUCCCAGUGUGCGGAGGAGGUCGGAGAUAAGCUUCGCACUUUCCCACCCCAGGAGACAGACAGACGGUGUGCCGACGGACGCGUCCUAGGGAAUAGCGACGUAGGGGCGAAAGGAGGAAUCAACACGAGGAUAAACGAAAGGAAGGAGAGCGUGUUUGCGUGCCUGUGAAAAAGGGGGAAGCGCCGGAAAGGGCUUUCCCCACGGUCGCCGCCUCGAGCCGUCGCUCGCCCGUCGUUGUCGUCGUCUCAGCUCCACCUGCCUUUCCCCCCACGUGGUCUGGCGUGUGUGCGUGCGUGCGUCGGGGACAGUCUUGGAGGUUUCGCGCCCGUGCGUGAUCCCUAAUCGGCCGCGGCGGGGGAGGUUAUGAAUAAAGGAAGAAGAGGCGGCUGAAAAGGAAGGCAAAAAGGGAAUCAAGGAAGGGCGGGGUGACGGACGGCCAACGAGGGGCGUCGGCCCGCGGCUGGGCCGCGCUGGCGGCCGCGUCGCGUCGUCAGGACGCGCGGGCCAGGGCGCCCGCGGCGGCGGCAGUGUUGGCCGUGGCACCGGCGGCCGAAGCCAGAGCGCGCCACUCGGUCUCCGGGCCUCCGACGGGAGUGGGAGCGGCGGCGGCGGCUCGCUCCACCAAGAAGCGGCUCUCGGCUGCGGUGCACGCGACCACCACGCUCGCGCUCGACGCCGGCGUCGUCGCGGCCGCCGUCGGCAAGAAGCGCACGGCCUCGGUGCGUCCCGAGGUGAUGCUGGGCAGCGCGGCCACCCUGGUCGGCACCGGACCCGCGCCGCCUUCUUCCACGACCAACGCCGGAGGUGUGAUGGUGGUGGACGCGGCGGGCGCGAGGCGCGCCGGUGCUGGGGGACCCUCGACGACGAUGAUGCGGGGAGCAGGUAGCGAGAGGGACCCGAACGUACUCAGCGAGUACCUGCAGGUGGAGUUCGACGACGUGUUCGCCGAACCGGAAGGCACGUACUCUCUGGACGGCGUGUGGAAGGCGGCCACGGUCACCUUCACGCACACCAAGAACAUCUGCUACCGGGCAUUGAGCCUCUUGUGCGCCGUGCCCCUGGCGCUGAUCGUGGGCAUCAGCUUCGCCUGCCUGUCCUUCCAGCACAUCUGGUGCAUCGGGCCGGCCAUCCGCCACUGCCGCGUCAACUGUCACGUGGUGCGCCAGUACAUGCGCAUCAUACUCGAGUCGUGCUGCGCGCCCUGCUUCUCCGAGAUGGGCCUGGUGCUCAGCAGGAUCCGCGUGCUGCACCUUCAAAAUGGGGAUAGGCAUCACAUGGAGUCCAUCUAGGCUGGCUCCGUAUAAGACGCGUGCUGGCCAGGAAGUCACGCUAGCGUACACGCCCCCGCUGUUCGACAUGACAGGGACCAGCCAAUUAGCGUUAGGUCAAUCAUUGCUGCCCAAUAUAAUCGAAGCUGUGCUACGGGCACCACUUGGCGUCACUGACGUCAUGUUUUUAACCCGCUGCUUUCCUAACGUUGUUGGAAGAUAAGCUUUGCCCUUGAAAUUAGAGUGUUCAUUUAACGCAAGUCAGUGAAAGCUUUUUGGACCAAACAACUUCGUUGAAGGGCUUGUUUUAGCUUUAGAAUUCUAAUUAAAUAUUCCCUGUCUUGUUGGACUUAACAUCAGAAAGCGUGUUGACUGUACUGUACUUCGCGCCGCCAGCAUGAAUCCCAUCUACCAUCUGUGUUGAGUUUUAGCGUAGGUGAAGACGAGGCCGAUAUGUCGCAGUAUCAUCCUUCUGACUCCCGUGUUCUCUUGCAUUGUCCAAGUACAUACCAAGAAAAGCCAGUAGAUAUGGAUACAGCCAACCUGUUUUACUGGUACACAAAAGAAGGAACAACUCUGAUGAUUUUAUUUCAGUAUUCUACCUACAGGAUACGGCCGCAUCACUGCAAAAUCAGCCCUGUUGCUGCAUAUAGACAAAUCAGCUGACUGAAUUCAGUGGCGAAACACUUUGCUGAGUUUACAGAAAGAACACUGUUCUUUCUCCCAGAUUAUUCGGCUCUAGUAAGCGCAUCAAUUGAAUGGAGAGCCAUAUUUCAUAGUUGAGGCAUGUCUAUGCUUAAUUAUAAAUCUGAAGAAGCUGCACUCACAAAGUCCGCAGAAGUUCACACCCAACAAAUGAAUGUCGCUAAUCCUCCUACAAGCAAAAUGAACAUACCAAGUUCAGGUCCCCUGAUAGCUGUUCGGCAAAAAAAAAUGAAUCAAGUACAUCCUCACUUCACACAGCUAAGUGGCUUCAGGAUAAGAUUAGCGCAUCUGAAAAUCCGUAUUCAUCCAUGCUCUCAACCUCAACACAUGCAGAGUCAUCAAGCUGCCCUUUCCUACGCCACAAAAUCGGUCUACAUCGUAUCUAAGCCUUCAGUCUCACCGACGCAGAAACAGAACGCAGCCAGUAUGUAUCGUCGUCACUUUGUUAACUGUCGUCGUUCAUACUACUCUUCGAGUUGACGUGGAUAACCAAUCAGUAUACGGCACUGAGAUGUUUUAUACACUGGGACCAAACAUAAUAGCACCAGGACUGAGCAGCAUUAGUUCGUCGCCGCAUCAGUUCUAGCGAACACAAUCAUCUAUAGAGCGUUUUUUUUUUUUUAUGAAACCAUAUUGAGUUUUGUCUCGACAUUAUAUAUUUUUAGCAGCAAUGUCCUUCGAAAUUUGCUGCGAUGGAAGCAGCUGAAAGAAAAUUUCUGUCGGGCAUUGUCACGUUUCUUAUCACAUCAGGUAUGAAGUUUAUAACGCAAACACAUAUAUUUCAUGUUAUCGACACAAAAUCACGCAAUCAGGAGUCGUAGUCCUGUCGAAGUGCCCUACGCAGACAAAAUUGCACGAAGAUAAGUAAACGUCCAGGGUUAAGUCCGCACAUCUACGGUUGUUUCUUCUUUUAUGAAAUAUUUGUCUUUUCCCGAACAGGUGUCUAGUUUUGUUUAUAUAGUCAAUGUGCCUGUGAUCAGUUGUGUGCGGAUGUGUCUCAUAUCCAAGCAUUUGUAUAACCGCGUGCGUGUCGCUUCAUUCUUCACAAACUGUUCCCUUGUAUCAUGAGAACCUCAGGCGCCUCUAAUCAAUUAUUCAAUGUAGCACCCGCGCGAAUUCCUCCUUCAAAUGAUAGCUUAGAGAAUGCUAUCUGCUUUAUGAAGCGUGGCCCCGUCCCUGCAAUGUAGAAUACAUGUAUAUUUGGAGAAGCAUUUCCCAAAGGCUACGUGCAUGCAUUCGCGUGGCUCCUGGUUUGUGUGUGUUCAGGUGUCGAUGAACGCACUAAACGGAAUUGAUCGAUGGGCCAGUUUUUGCUGGACACAGCGACAGAUCAAGAGACCAAGAAAAUCGCAGCUGUCGUUGUUUGUAGUUCUUUUUUAAUUGAGUUGUGGUAAUUGUGACACGAAGCAAAACGAAAGUGUACGAAGAAGCAAUGUGCCGCUGGUGGGAUACGAACCGACAACCUCCGCACGACGCGUGUAGAGCACUACCAAUUGUGCUACGACAGCGCCUCUUCCCCAGUCGAAAGUUAGGUGGGCAGAUGAGAUUAAGAAAUUUGCGGGGAUAACGUGUCCGCCGCGAGCGCAGGACUGGGCUAAUUGGAGAAACAGGUAGAUGUAUCUGCCUUGCAUUGUGCAUAGUCAGGCUGCUGAUGCUGAUGAUGUGUAUCUACGUGCAAUCCUGGAAGUGUUAGUCCGCGCCGCUCGUAGCCAUGGCGCCGAAUGCAGAACAUUCCUUUUGUCCGAUGGCUUCGCGUAUUAAGGGAACCUUACAAUCUGGGAGGGGACCAAUGAAUCCUCGCAUGCUCCCUCAAGGCAUCGAACAUACCGGAGUCGAAACGCUCUCCGUGGAAUGAACGAAAAACUACAUUUAGUGCCGCCUGAGAUCUUCUUGGCCCUAUUAUCCGCCGGGUUCAUGUAGGUUGUUAAUAGUAUUUAAACACAGCGUCACAUUGGCCGCCGUAACAAAAAAUUUGACUGCCUUUCCUUUUCUUUAAGACAACUAAAUCCAAAGCCGUUUUCGUUAAACUGGCAAUUUGACUAACUAGAGCUGUAGUCUUGAAAUGUAACGUCAGCCUUGGCGGCGGGGGGGUCGACGAUUCGAUUCCCGCCGGGCACCCGCUGGUUCUCAGAUGUGCACAAGCCCAACCUGGCGCUAGGCUUUCUUCACGGGUGUUUCGCUCGGGAAAGGAGCCCACAUCCGUUGAAUAAAAAAAGAGAAGUCGCGAGCCGCUUUUGCUUUGAGUUCUGCGCAGAGAUAUUUCAAACACGCGUUCACUAGGGCACUUUAUAUUCAUUCCGUAUUAUUAUCAAACACCCAUAUACUUCCUUCAACAGGUAUAGCGGUGCGCUAAAAAAAUGUUUGGUGCAAUCACCCCAUCCAUUCGUUUAACCUUCCGUUUCUACAAUGUUUUGAAUCUCUAGAAUUAUUUUCAUAGAGAGUAGCGCUGGGCGCGCAGUGGCACAAGAACACACAGCGACACACGGCGUUAAUGUCGCUGUGUGUUAUUCUUUUGUUGAUGUUCGCCCGUCGUUUAUUCUACACAGAGAUCAUGUACCAACGAAGCCAAAUUUCAACCGAGUGAUAACUUACCUUGUCAGUGUCAUUAGAAGUCUAAGACAAAGAGAAAUCUUGAGAAUAAUCGUUGUGUGGUACGUGAAACGUGUACAGAGCUGCGUCGCCAUUUCCUUCAUGUUUCAUACUGCUGCAACAAAUACCCCGUCACGCCGCGAUUUGUACUGUAAUAAAGAUGGAUGUUAUAUCUAAAUGAAACGCUUCCUGUUUGACACCCUAAAUAUUUCCUUUUUACCUAUAUAUUCGCCAUUACU